AUGGCGCCACACAACUAUCAAGACAUAGUCCUCUCUCUUAGCCACUCCAACAAAGUCGGCACUAUCAAGCUCAACCGGCCGAAGUCCCUCAAUGCCUUCGGCGGAAAUCUUAUGCUCGACAUCAUUGCGGGGCUGAGGGAGUUGAACGAGCAUCCUGAGACCGUGUUUACUGUUAUCACUGGGGAGGGAAGAUUUUUCUCAGCAGGCGCCGAUGUGAAAGCCACCGGGCGCGACUCCGCCAAUAGUGGCUCACUAAGUGAUGCUCAGAAGAAACUCGAUCAUAUGGGACGGUUUGUCUUUGCUGUAGAGAUGCUGCGGAGCAUGAUCGAUCACAAGAAGGUGCUGGUUGUGGCGUUGAACGGGCCUGCUGUUGGUGGUGGCGCUGCUUGGUUUCCUGGUGUUGCCGAUAUCCUCCUCGCCUCAGACUCCGCUUGGCUACAAGUGCCCUUCUCCGCCCUGGGCCUCGUGCCCGAGUUUGGCUCGGCCAUCAACUUCGCCCAAUCAAUCGGCGUGCAUCGCGCUAACGAGUUCCUCAUGAUGGGUCGCAAGCUCACUGCGCAAGAACUCGAAACCGCUGGGCUUGUCAACCAGAUCUUCCCGACAUCGUCGUUUCAGCAGGAUGUGGCUAAGUAUCUUGAGGAGAAGCUUCAGAUCAACGACGGGAAGAGUAUGAUGGAGGCGAAGCGCUUGAUGAACGCGCCAUUGAGGGACGGAAGGAUGAUCGCUGUGCAGAACGCGAUGGACGCACUGUCGGAGAGGUUUGUGGAAGGAGCACCGUACGAAAGGUUUGCACUGAAGAAGAAGGAAAUGGAGGAGAAGACACGAACCACCAUUAUGGGAAGACUACUUGACAAGAUCAGCCAUUGUGGCAAGGGGAUCACUCUGCGCAAGCGCGACAACGGUAUUGUACCGCCAGUUGAUGCCUCCGGGCGACGCGCAGCGAUCUCAGAGGAAAAGCCGGUGGUUGCUCAGCGCAACUCGAGUGAGUCUAUCAAAUCUGCUGAUGCCGCGUUCUUGCUGGCUCACGAUUUAGAAGACUGCAGAGAUGGCAGCAUCAAGCAGCCAACACGAAAGAAGAGCCAAUACUCGAUACAGGAUGAUGGAAGCUCGACGAGAGAGUCGACAUCGUUUCAAACCCAAACACCAAUACAGCAAGAGCGCAGCACAGAAAGAGCGUCCAACCCGAUCGAGCCUGUCGCAACGACACCUCAGGUCGAGCAAGUCGCACUGCAAGAAGGACUCGCAGACGCGAUCUUCGUGCAGGCCUUCUCUAAACCACGAAAGAAGCGUCACUGGCUCAGAGACAAGAUACUCUCUACCUCCAUCGCCGAAUGUAUAACACCCUGCUGCGUCAAGCCUCAAGGUAAGACCAAGAAACAAUCAUACUUACGGAAAUGCAUCCAGAGCUUCCGACCGACCAAGAAAGACCCACAGACGACGUCUACCUCAACUAUAUCCACCGAGUCAUCCCAUUCGUCAACCCCAUCACCGCCUCCACGACUACGCAAAGUCGCCUUCGCUCCCGAGGCUACAAUCCAGCCCUUCGACAUCCACGCAUCCUCCUCCCAGUGCCUAAGACCAACAAAAGAGUCCUCACCUCUACACAACAAAACCACCACCCACCAGUACCGCUCUUCACACGCUCACGCCGGCAGAAGUGGCAGAUCAAGCCGCGGCGACACUCUCCAGAUCGAAUUCCGGUCUGCUUCCUCUGCAUUGACCCACGUGAGAAAAGAAGCCAUGCCGGGGCUUCUAGUCCGCGCAGGCAGUGUGCCCAACAUCACCGCCCUGAAACACGGCGUGGUAAUAAUUGUUCCAAACGGCCCAAGAGAACGAAAGCCAGACUUCAUCCGGUUCCGCCUCAUGAAGCUCGACCCAGCCACCGAGGAACUGUGCGACUACAGCGAGGAGUUCACUCGGCUUGGCGGGCUCAAGAAAUGGAUGCGCUUCGACACACCCACCGUGUCGCCAAAGGCGCCAACAAAGGCGGAAUGCCGGCGGUGGAGUGGCCUCGCCUCCACGACUUCAUGCCCUUGCCGAUCCUCCGCGGAAGAAGACGCAGAGCCGCAGCUGAUGGGGUUGGAGGUAGAAGGAGAUCAGGCAGAUGCGGCGAAAGAGGGCUCCGUGUGGCGCACACUCCUCGUGCCUUUGUCUAGAGCGCAAGACGACGAAGACCCUGGGCCGACAGGCGAAGAGAUCCGAAAGGCGCUGGAAGCACGCCAAGUCCGACCCGUGGUGGAGAUGUUGUGGACCGAUGACUUUGGGCGACGGACCAAGACUGUGAGUAGUGAGCAGCGGUUGCCAGUCAUUCGCGAUCCGCAAGCAGGCUUUUAUUCGCGCAAGGCGGACAGGAAGGCUGCGUUGGCGCGAGGCGAGACUAUACGACGUCCUUGGUGA